AUGCAAGUCCAAGCUGUUUCGUCCGCACUGUCAACUAUGUCUGUAUUUUCAUCUCACCAUGAAGAACAGAUCCAGAAUCUUGGCGAUCCUUCCAAGACGAUGCCAUCCUUCAUCAAGCCAAGAAUCGAUCUUUUUGAUCAUUUAAAGGCUGAACAUCUCAAAAAGUUAUCUGAAAAAAAAUCUGCUUCGAUUAAGAUUUCUCUCGCUGACGCCAGAAGCUUUGAAGGGGAGUCUCUGAUCACUACUCCUUUGGAUAUUGCCAAACUUGCUUUUGGAAACAAAGUCGCCGACACUUUUAUAGUUGCCAAGGUAAAUGGGCAACUUUUUGAUAUUACAAGACAAUUGGAGUGUGAUUGCUCCAUUGAGUUUUUUGACUUUAACUCGGAGCAAGGCCAGUCUGUCUUUUGGCAUUCCUCUGCUCAUGUGUUAGGUGAAGCCUGUGAGUAUAAGUAUAAUUGUUUGCUCUGCCAUGGCCCUCCAACGGAAGAUGGCUUUCACUAUGAUAUGAAACUUCCAGAGGGCCAGACCGUUAAUCCCUCUGAUUUCCCCCAGUUGAUAGAACUUGCAACAAAGUUCAUCAAGGAAAAGCAGCCUUUUGAGAGGCUGGAAAUGUCUAAAGACGAUCUUUUAAAGAUGUUUUCUUAUAAUCCUUAUAAGAUCCACUUUAUACGCGAGAAAAUCGCGGACGGGUCAUUUUCUACCGUUUACCGUUGCGGGGAUCUUAUUGACUUGUGUAUGGGGCCACAUGUUCCACACACCGGUCUAAUAAAGGCCUUUGAAGUAACCAAAAAUUCAUCUUCUUACUUCUUGGGAGAUGCCAACAAGGAUUCUUUGCAAAGAAUCUAUGGAAUAUCUUUUCCAGAUGUCAAGCUUCUAAAGGAGUAUGUUAAAUUUAAGCAGGAAGCUGAACGUAGAGAUCAUCGUCGUCUUGGAAAAGACCACCAGCUUUUUUUCUUUCAUGAGCUUUCUCCUGGUUCGUGCUUUUUUCUUCCCUAUGGAGCGCGAAUAUAUACUUCUCUCGUCGAAUUGAUGAGAGAAGAGUACAGAAAACGUGGAUUCCUUGAGGUUAUCUCUCCCAAUAUUUUCAAUGUCAAUCUCUGGAAGACAUCUGGGCAUUGGGAAAAUUAUCAAGAAAAUAUGUUUUCGUUUGAAAUUGAAAAAGAAGUAUAUGCUUUGAAGCCUAUGAAUUGCCCCGGGCAUUGUCUUAUGUUCGCCCAUCGUGAAAGAUCUUAUCGCGAGCUCCCGCUGCGUUUGGCUGAUUUUGGGGUCCUGCACCGUAAUGAGCUUUCCGGGGCUUUGACUGGACUUACUAGGGUCCGUCGCUUUCAACAAGACGAUGCUCAUAUAUUUUGUCGAGCAGAUCAAAUUUCAGACGAAAUUCAGGGAUGUAUUGCGUUUCUUGAUGCCAUUUACUCAAUUCUUGGUUUUACAUACUCACUAAAGCUUUCCACGAGGCCAGAAAAGUUUUUAGGUGAAAUUGACACAUGGAACGCCGCUGAAAAGCAGCUUGAAGAUGCACUUCGGUUGUCAGGAAAGUCAUUUGAACUUAAUCCUGGAGAUGGAGCGUUUUAUGGCCCCAAAAUCGAUAUCACUCUUACAGACGCUCAACGUCGCCGCCACCAAUGUGCUACCAUUCAACUCGAUUUUCAGCUCCCGCAGAGAUUUGAUCUAUCCUUCAGAUCAGCAUCGCAUGAUGAAAGCUCAAUGCACGAACGGCCAGUGAUCAUACACAGGGCAAUUUUGGGAUCUCUUGAACGCAUGAUUGCCAUUUUAACGGAAAAUUAUGCAGGAAAGUGGCCAUUUUGGCUUUCCCCUCGUCAGGUUAUGAUUGUGCCCGUUUCGGCAGCAACUUUUGAAUAUGCAGCGCGCAUCUGCCAGCAGUUUGUAUGUGAGGGCGUACACGCAGAAGUUGAUACAAGUGACGUCACUUUAAACAAGAAGAUUCGCAAUGCGGAAACCUCACACUUUAAUUAUGUCUUUGUUGUUGGGCAGUCUGAGCAGGAUUCUAAUUCGGUUAAUGUUAGAAAGGCAACAACCGAGGGCAAGGACAGAGUCUGCUCCGUCGAUGCAGCAUUAUCGAUGCUACUCCAAAUGAAGCAACUUCGAUCCAAAGAAUCGCUUUUUGCCCUUUAG